AGCUGAGCGUUUGGCUGGAGCGACUCAACGUUGUCUUUCAUGAUGCCAUGGAUGUGCUGGAUGAAUUCGAGUGUGAAGAUCUACGCAGGCAGGUAGUGAAAACAUAUGGAAGCACCAGCAGAAAGAUGAUCUUGGAAGAUUGUUCUCUCAGAAAAGGAUGUUCCUUGUGCUUAAAAUUGCCACUGCUUAUCAAUUCAGCCAUAACAUGCAGCACAGAAAGUCUCAGCCUUCUCUUGUAUUGUAAAUAAUUUUAAUAAUAUUGUGGUGUGCAUUUAGUGUUUGUAAUGAUUAAUGGAGUGAUGUGUGUUUAUGUUUAUGAUUUCAAUUGUAAUUCAUGUAUUAUCUAAUUUGCACAAUGUUUUAGUAACUUGAGUCGUGUGUGUUAUUGAUUGUUUGUCUCUGCUUCUUGGUUUUUGGAAUUACUCCAAUGAAAUUCUUUGUUGUGCUUUAUCAUUUAAUUAAAAAAAAAAAUUGAAGUUUGAAAUUUUUUUCAUGUGAUGUAAAAUAACUAAUCGCAUUAGAGUAUUUGGUAAGCCAACAAUGUGAAAAUUAUAAUUUUAUGAAAGUGGAAUACUACCUAGAAGUUUGCUUUAUCCAUCAAUUGUUGGUUCCGAAUGUCAACCUGUUUUGAAAUUUUGGUAUUUUAAACACCCAAAGUUGUCAUAUCUACUGAGUGGCCUUAAUGCCCAAAGAGGACUGAAGAUUGAAGAUUGUUCUAAAUCAAGAUGACAAUGCCAAGGAGAUAUUGUUUUGUCAGGUUUUCGUGGAAGAUUCUUCUAAGGAAAAGGGAUUCCUUUAGCUUAAAAUUUCUUUUCCAGGGUAGAAUCUAUGAACUUUAUGGGCGAGAGGCAUUUGGAAAAAAAACACUUAGCCCUUCACGUCAUCAAGGAAGUUCAAAUCAAAAGUUUUCAGAUCUUUUGCUCAAGAAUGCAGGACCAAGCCAUAUCUCAUCGUUUGCUUUGUCAAUUGUGAUGGAUAGGAGCUCCUACUAUCUUUUAGUUCUUGCAGUAGCUGCCCUUCUCCUCCAAUGUGAACUUGCAUCAUUUGAUAGGUGGCACCUUCCAAGAUGUACAAUCAUGUAUAAUAACACAAGAACUUACAAGAAUUCAUUCCUCAUUCUACCAAUCUCAUUCAUAAAUUUUCUUCACCAGGUAAAUGAUUUAUUUAUCAACUAAACAUAUAACGAGGCAUUCCACGGUUAGAAGCUCAUGUAAACUGGCAGUGCCAAGAGCACCAAGUAUUCUGGUAACUAGUUUUGGGGUAUGCAUGCAAAUGAGUUGAAAAGUAAUCUUGCAUCCUUUAGUAAAAAGGCUGAAUGGGGGAUGCAAUUUGGCAGAGGCUUUUGCUCUUAAGUCUGAAGAACUGGCUUGUGAACAUGGAGUCAUCAUCAAGGAUGAAAGCAACUACUUCAGAGAUGGGGAAGUUUCUCGUCACAAACCUGAAGCUAGACAAUAUUUGUUCGAAAAUGAUGGAAUCCUUGAUAAGAUAGCAUGAUCUUAAGAAGACAGUCAUUUGGAAGAAAAAGAGUAUCAAUGUCAUAUUCUUGAAUAGAUGAAUUAUACUCAUAUAUGGUUGAUGUCAAAUUACCUGGCCACUUUUGAACACAUGAAGUGACUUGAAGGAUCUUUGCACUUGAGAUUACAAGAAUCGAGCUCUACAAAUACUAAUGUUGCUCUUGAUGUGAAUUAAGCAUUUGCAAAUCUUAACAAUUUAAGUUGUUUCAAGUGAAAAUGCCUUUUGAUUAUCUAAGAAGAAUUGGGUCUUUCUAGUCGGUAUUGGGACUAAACUGUUAGGAAAGUUAAAUCUCCUAUCAUUCUUGGCUGGUUUAUCUUGUAAAAUAAUUUUGAAUACUUUAUAAUGAAUUAUAAUUCUUUGUUUUAAUAUUAUAGUAAUCUUAAUGAUCAAAGAAAGCAUCAUUUAUGAGUCUUUAGCAUCA